AUGGGUGCCGAGUUUGCUGAAUGCCGAUCAAAAGCAGAUCUUUGCAGCAAUGUCUGGAUCGUUUCUAAAGGAAUUGGAGCAUUUUUGUGCAUUAAUUUGUCACCAUGGAUGAGUAAAAGGAGUAAACAUAUGGUGCAAACACAGUUACCGAUGUCCUACCCUCCCCAAUACGGAGGCAGUCAACAGCAACAUCAGCAAAAUGGCGGUGAACAGGCAACACAACAACAACUAAGGACGGACGGCGUCAGUAAAGACACAUCAUUUAGCGUUCCAAUAAUCACAAGCAAUGGCGUCGAACAACAAACGCAAACCGAUUUGGAACCAGAAGGUUUGGUGUCAGGAAACGGUCAGGUCUCGACGCAGACAGCGGUCUCGGAUGGCUCGAAGAUUAGCCAGCCGAAGCGACUACACGUCAGUAAUAUUCCAUUUCGAUUUAGAGAUCCCGACCUUAGGCAACUCUUUGGGCAAUACGGGCCCAUUUUGGAUGUGGAAAUCAUUUUUAAUGAGCGUGGUUCCAAGGGUUUCGGUUUUGUAACGUUCGCAAAUAGCCUUGACGCCGAUCGAGCACGCGACCACUUGAACGGCACGGUGGUAGAGGGAAGAAAAAUCGAGGUAAACAAUGCAACUGCGAGAGUUCAAACGAAGAAACUGCCAACAAUUGCCAACGUGGCUGCCUUAAGGGGCGUUGCCAUACAAAGGGGAAGGGCUAGAGGAGCAUUUGCAACGGCAUUUGCUCGGCAUCCGUCACCACUCACUGCAGCUGCAGCAGCCACUGCGCUACAUGGAUAUACUCCAUUAAUGCUUCACCGAGGUGUUUAUCAGGACCCAUUUCUUACGUAUGCUGGUGCUGAAAGAUAUCAGCUUCCGGCAUCAUACGCUGCAAGUGCAGCUUAUACUGCCGCUGCAGCAAGGAGCUAUGCAGCUGCAGCAGCUGCAGCGCAACCGGUAGCGUCUUACGCAGCCGUGGCAGGAUCUCCAUCAUUGUAUUACAGCUAUGGGAGGGAAUAUGCAGACCCAUACCUAGGCCAUAGCAUAGGCCCAGUGGCUGGAUACGGGGUAAGUGUCAUUUUAGACGAAGCUGCCGUGUACAGAAGUGGUUACAACCGAUUCGCGCCGUAUUAG